UUAGUGUGGCAGUGACUGUGGCAUUGAAAUAAACUCUGCUUCGUGGUGUGUUUGUUAGUUAAGAGAAUGGCGAUACAUUCAGCAAUUUCCUGUGCAAAAUGCCUUCUAGAAUGGAUAGUUCGUGGAUAUUUGUGGACUUUGGGCAUUUGCUUGGUGAUAUUUAUUAUUCUUGCGAUCGCAGCAAAUCUUGGGAAUCGUCGGAGCAAGUAUCGAUUUCUCGCUAAAUUCAUUAUGAUCUACUUUGCCACAAUUAUGGGAACCACACUCCUCAUCCCAGUUUUCCUCUUUCGCCCCAGAAAUGUGAUCAACUGCAAAAUUGUUGGAUGGUUCAUAAGAAAAUGUUCGUAUUUGUUGGAAAUUACGUGGGAAGUGCGUGGAGCUCGUCUUCUGCAAGAUAAUGUUGGCGGUCUCAUUUGUGCUAAUCAUCAGUCAUCAAUUGAUAUUCUAGCAAUGUUUAACCUUUGGGAACUGAUGGAUCGUGUGACUGGAAUUGCUAAGAAGGAAAUGUUCUACGUAUUUCCAUUUGGACCGGCUGCCUGGUUAGCCGGGUUGCCCUACAUUGAUAGGCAAUCCCCUAAAUCGGGAUAUCAGACACUCGGAAGAUGUGCAAAGCUCAUGAAGGAGGAAGAUAUUAAAAUGUUUAUUUAUCCGGAGGGGACACGAAAUAGCAAGAGAGGUUUGCUCCCGUUCAAACGUGGUGCCUUUAAGACUGCAAUCACCGCCAAAGUACCCAUUACGCCACUUGUUGUUUCGCCAUAUUACUUCAUCGACGCCAAGAAGUAUAUCUUCGACAAGGGACAUGUAAUAAUUUCCGUCUUGGAUCCCAUUGACACGGCUGACCUCAAGGACACAGACACAGACACCCUGAUGACCAAUUGCCGAAAUCUCAUGCUGGAGGAGUAUGAGAAACUCGCCCGGGAGGUGGAUUCAAAAUCAACUGAUGCAGCAUGGCGAGAUAGGAAUCGACCUAGAAUUGUCUUCAAGGAUGAAUGAAUGGGUCAUCCCCACCCCGUUCCCCACACCCACGUGUAUGAAGGGAAAAAUACUCUGCUGUGCGGCAAAUUACUUUGCAUUAAGAGAGAGAGAAGAAAAAAAAAUUAUGGUGUAAUUUAUAUUAAGUAAAUUAUUUUUGCAUUUUGCAAAUGGCAAA